AUAAAGAUAAUUGAUAAGACACAGCUGGAUGAAGAGAACUUGAAGAAGAUAUUUAGAGAAGUUCAGAUCAUGAAGAUGCUUUGCCACCCACAUAUCAUCAGGUUAUACCAGGUUAUGGAGACGGAGAGGAUGAUUUAUCUAGUGACAGAGUAUGCUAGUGGAGGGGAAAUAUUUGAUCACUUGGUGGCCCACGGACGUAUGGCCGAGAAGGAAGCCCGGAGAAAGUUCAAGCAAAUAGUGGCCGCUGUCAACUUUUGUCACUGUCGUAAUAUAGUCCACAGAGAUCUGAAGGCAGAAAAUCUACUUCUGGAUGCUAACCUUAACAUCAAAAUAGCAGAUUUUGGGUUCAGUAACAUCUUCACGCCUGGUCAGCUGCUUAAAACCUGGUGUGGGAGUCCUCCCUAUGCUGCUCCAGAGCUCUUUGAAGGAAAGGAGUACGAUGGGCCAAAGGUUGACAUUUGGAGUCUCGGCGUGGUGCUGUACGUGCUGGUCUGCGGCGCUCUGCCCUUCGACGGGAGCACGCUGCAGAACCUGCGGGCGAGGGUGCUCAGUGGGAAAUUUCGCAUUCCAUUUUUCAUGUCCACAGAAUGUGAACAUCUGAUCCGCCACAUGCUGGUCUUGGACCCAAGCAAGCGGCUCUCCAUGGAGCAGAUCUGCAAACACAAGUGGAUGAAGCUUGGGGAGGCCGAUGCGGAGUUUGACAGGCUGAUAGCAGAGUGUCAGCACCUGAAGACUGAGAGGCAGAUGGAGCCGCUGAACGAGGAUGUGUUGCUGGCAAUGGCGGACAUGGGGCUGGACAAGGAGCGCACAAUUCAGUCAUUAAGAGCCGAUGCUUACGAUCACUACAGUGCAAUCUACAGCCUGCUCUGCGACCGUCUGAAGAGGCACAAGAACCUGCGCAUUGCAGCAUCUCCAAGUAUACCACGGACCAUGACCUUCCCCACCUCUGCUAACAUCCAGACAGAACAGACGGGCAAUACCAUGAGCAUCAACGUGCCGCAAGUCCAGCUCAUCAACCCUGAAAACCAAAUUGUAGAGACUGAUGGAACGAUGAACUUGGACAGUGAUGAAGGGGAAGAGCCGUCACCUGAAGCUCUGGUCCGUUACCUUUCAAUGAGAAGGCACACAGUUGGAGUAGCUGACCCACGGACGGAAGUCAUGGAAGAUCUGCAGAAGCUCCUGCCUGGCUUCCCCCGCGUCACUCCUCAGGCUCCGUUCCUGCAGGUGACCCCGAAUGUGAACUUCAUGCACAAUGUGCUGCCUAGGCAGAACCUGCAGCCCACGGGUCAGCUGGAGUACAAGGAGCAGUCCCUGCUGCAGCCCCCCACCCUGCAGCUCCUGAAUGGCAUGGGCCCUCUGGGGCGGAGGGCGUCAGAUGGCGGAGCUAACAUCCAGUUACACGCACAGCAACUGCUGAAACGUCCUCGGGGUCCAUCUCCGCUCGUCACUAUGACGCCAGCUGUCCCGGCUGUCACCCCUGUGGAUGAGGAGAGCUCCGAUGGGGAGCCAGAUCAGGAAGCUGUGCAGAGAUACUUGGCAAAUAGGUCAAAAAGGCACACUCUGGCAAUGACCAACCCUACAGCUGAAAUCCCUCCAGACUUGCAGAGGCAGCUAGGACAGCAGUCCUUCCGACCCCGGGCUUGGGCUCCACACCUGGUACCCGAUCAGCACCGUUCUAUUUACAAGGACUCAAAUACUCUGCACCUCCCCACCGAACGCUUCUCCCCGGUUCGGCGCUUCUCUGACGGUGCUGCCAGCAUCCAGGCUUUCAAAGCCCACCUGGAGAAGAUGGGCAAUAACAGUAGCAUCAAGCAGCUUCAGCAGGAGUGCGAGCAGCUUCAGAAGAUGUACGGGGGGCACAUGGACGAGAGGACGCUGGAGAAGACGCAGCAGCAGCACAUGUUGUACCAGCAGGAGCAGCACCAUCAGAUUCUUCAUCAGCAGAUUCAGGACUGUAUCCGGCCACCCCAGCCAUCUCCACCCUUGCAAGCUCCGUGUGAAAACCAGCCAGCCCUGCUCACUCACCAGCUUCAGAGGUUACGGAUUCAGCCGUCCAGCCCGCCCCCGAACCACCCCAAUAACCACCUCUUCAGGCAACCAAACAGCAGCCCGCCUCCUGUGAGCAGCAGCGUGCUCCAGCCCCACGGUGCCGCCUCCCAGUCCCAGUUCCAAGGGAUGCCGUCCCACAACACAAUCUUCCCGCAGUCCGGUAACUGUUCCCCUCCCCCAAACAUGGGGCUGACGUGCCUGGGCCUGCAGCAGCAGUCGCAGCCUCAGCAGGUCACUAUCCAAGUGCAGGAGCCCGGCGACAUGGUCAGCAACAACCUCCUGCAAGGGACCUCCGUGGCCGGGCAGAGCAUGUCCUCCCACACGCGGGGCAUGCCCAUCAGCCCCAGCGCCAACCAGAUCCAGAUGCAGCACCGCGCCAACCUGAUGGCCUCCCUCACCUACGGCCACAGGCAGCUGUCCAAGCAGCUCACCGCCGACCGCGCCGAGGCGCACAGUCUGAACGUGAGCAGGUAUCCCCCCGCCAACUACGACCAGGUGCACUUACACCCCCACCUGUUCCCGGAGCAGCCGCGCGUUUCCCCCAGCAACUACAGCCCAUCGGGAGGAGUUGGGUUUCCUCCGGCUCAGCAAGCUCUGAAAGUCCCGCAGCUUGACCAGUAUCCCAGUUUCCCUCAAAAUGCACAUCAGCAACAGCAGCACUACGCCGCAUCGGCACUACAGCAAGCACUGUUGUCCCCAACGCCUCCCGACUACAGCCGACACCAGCAGGUACCGCACAUCCUCCAGGGACUGCUUUCUCCCCGGCACUCGCUCACGGGGCACACGGACAUGCGGCUGCCCCAGGCAGAAUUUGCACAGCUCAUCAAACGGCGGCAGCAGCAGCAGCAGCAACAAGAAUUCCAAGAGUUGUUCAGGCAUAUGAGUCAAGGGGAUGCUGGGAAUAUGGGCACCAGCGUGGGACAGAACCUCUCGGAGCGCCAGUCGCUGUCUUUGCCUUAUCAGAGCGCUGACACGUACCACCCACAGAACAGCCCCCAGCAUCUCUUAAAGAUCAGGGCGCAAGAAUGUAUCCAGCAGGUACCCGCCUCAGUGCCGCCGCACGGAUACGUACACCAGCCAGCCCUGUUCCAUUCGGAGAGCAUGGAGGAGGACUGCGCGUGCGAGGGUGCCAGGGACAGCUUUCCAGACAGUAAGAGUUCAAACACAUUGACCAAAGGUUGCCACGAGACCCCUCUGCUUGUAAAUGCAGGAGGGCACGGGGACCCCGAAUCUUUGCUAGGAACUGCUAAUCACGCGCAGGAGUUGGGGACGCAUCAGUACAGACAUCAGCCCGCUGCUGGAUUCAGUAGGAAUAAGGUGCCCAGCAGAGAGUCCAUCGUAGGGAACUGUAUGGACAGGAGUUCCCCCGGCCAAGCGAUGCAGGUGCCCGACCACAACGGACUGGGCUACCCUGUGCGACCCGCCUCCAGUGAGCACCCGCGGCCCAGGACCCUGCAGAGACAUCACACCAUUCAGAACAGCGAUGAUGCCUACGUAGGUUUGAAGAAGCCUGUGCCCGGCAGGGCUUAAGGCAGUGCAGAGCUUCCUUGAUUGCUCCUCGUGCAAGCUCCGAUGUUUUUCUCUGACCUCACAGAACGCGGGGAGAGUUUGGAAGGUCAAGAGCAUCCCAACCUAGGUGAUGGCAACCAGCAUCUAAACACCUCCUGUUACCCGUCGACAUGUAUUACAGACGUCCUGCUGAGCUACAAGCACCCGGAGGUGCCCUUUGGGAUGGAGCAGGCAGGGGUGUAACCAGGAGGGAGUUUUACGUACAGCUUUGAAACGAAAAGGUCCAUUUUAAACCAACAGUAUCUAGCAGCAUCGCGCCAAAUUGCCGUAGUAUUUCUGACUAACUGGAAUACCAUGGCCCCUUUCCUCAUAAUCAGUUCAUCCAGUGUGUUGUUCCUUUGGUUUCUUUAAUUUUUGCCAUGUUUGCCUGUAACUCCAGCUAUCACAGAAAUAACCAGAGAGCCGGAGUCCCGCACGUCGGCAGAGGAUUCGCCGAGCCUGAGCGCCGAGUCCGGUUUGGAGGGCUCUU